UAAAGUGAAGUUUAUUACGUUUACAAAAAUUUCAUGUACAGGUGGAAGAUAAUUUUCCCGGAAAAGUAAAAAAAGAAAACGGGGAAAACAUAAAUAACUACAAAGCACGUCAUCACCGUCAGGAGACAACCCGCCGUACACAUUCAACUGUGUCGUUAUCCAUUUAAUUUUUUCCUUUUUUUUUUGGAAAUUUUAAUGAAUAUCGAUUGAGAAGUAAUAGCUCGACUAUUUUAACAUACACGGAAUCCACUAUCUAUCGCCAGCACACAGACACAGACACAUAAUCGAACAAUACAGGUGAAAAGGAAUUCGUCCAGCGACAGGGAAAGUGUAGUGUAGGCACGUUAUCCCUACCGAACCAGCAAGCUAUCAACGCUUACUAUUGGCCAUGUGAGGAGGAUGCCGAUUGCACUGCUACCGAUUCCAAUUGCAAUCCCAUCCGUGGCCAAUGCGAAUGCAAUGAUCCGACUCAGGUAUUCUCAAGCGAUUUCUCAAAAUGUCUGAAGACGUCACUCUAUGGUGACGAAUGUGAAGACAGCGUUCAAUGCAAUCUUAUGCCAGCGGGAGCCUAUUGUAAGUCGGGGGUCUGUGCUUGUGCCGAUGAUGAAACCUAUAUGCACGGUCGCUGUCGCCCAUUGAAUGGCCUCAAUCAGUAUUGUGACAGUGAUCUGGAUUGUUAUUUUGGUUACGAUCGUAAUUCGGUCCAAUGUCAAAAUAAUCUCUGUACUUGUGCCAAUGGAUAUUAUCAGAGACAUGGCAACAUAUGCCGACGUAAAUCAAUGGACAUUGAUGAUGCUUGUGUCGUCUCUGCCGAUUGUCAGGAUUUAGGAGCUAAUGUCAAAUGUGUCAAUUUGAAAUGUCAAUAUGUGGAUGAAAUUCAAGCGGACAAUGCGACAGCAACAAAACUAAAAACACUCAACAACAACAACAGUGACAAACUAAACAACAACAAUAACGGAAACAAUAAUAUCCACAGCAACAACAACAACAACAUUAUACUAAACAACAAAAUAACAACAACAACGACGACGAAAAGACAAACUUCCACAACAACAUCAUCUGAAACCACAUCGAAUCUCUCGAAAUCAUCGCCCAGCGACGACAGCGCUUUAGAUAAACAAACGAAAUUGGUAAACGGCAACAUCGACUUUAGAAGCAUUAGCGACACCGACUCCGAGGGUAUUUCAACCGAGCCAGAACCCGAGGACGAGCAGGUUGUACACGCUGAGACGCCCAAGCAUCAGCUACGGGACACCGGUACCAGCAUCGAUUUUGAGCCGAUUUAUGUUAGCAAACACGCCGAAGCCGAAGAACAGAAACGACAACAACGAUCUCGGGAAAUUGCCGUCCAAACUAGCAUCGAUACAUUUGAGUUGAAAUUUCUAGCACCGCGUACAAAAAAUGUUGGUACCGUCACAACCGCCUCCACGAGUUCGAGCAGCCGCCGACCCUCGAAACAAAGACGCCGCCCAACCCUAUUUCGUUUUGAUGAUGAUGAAAAAACUUUUUCAACUGUGUCGAACACUGAUGACGAUAUCGAGAAUAGGAAUUUUGGUAGCUCCUGUACAGAAAAUGGUAAAUCCUGCUCUGGACUUCCUCAUUCCAUUUGUUCCAGUGGUAUAUGCUUGUGCAAGCCUGGCUACUAUCCCAAAAAUGGGAAAUGUUUUGCUGAACUGGGUGAGAUAGCGGAAAGUACAGAUGAGUGUGAAAAUGAAUUUGAUGCUGUAUCCAAAAAAUGUAUUUGCCAAAAGAAUUUCUUUUUCGAGAGGAAUCUCAGAGGAUGUCGUAAACCUAUACAAUAUCACCUCUCCUGUACAUCAAAUAGCCAAUGUAGUCCAUUUGGUGCUGCCUAUUGCCAACCCGAUAUUCCUAGACGAUGCACCUGUGAGGAGUACGCCGAAUAUGACGCCCUCUUGGAAAUGUGUGUCUACAAUCAGGGCAUGGGUGCGGAAUGUGAUUCCAAUGAUGCCUGUCCCAUAGAACAUGCAAUCUGUUCGAAUCGUCGCUGUGUCUGCAAAGAUGGUUUCAUCCAAGAAAAUAAUCAAUGUGUACCAGGCCUUGGUGCUGAAUGCUUAGAUGAUGAUGAGUGUGUUAAUGUUGCAAAUGCCAAAUGCGAGGCAACAACUUCCAGUACCGGUGCCGAAGAACAACGCAAGUCGUGCCAGUGUCGUAAAGGUUUUGUCCAUUUCAAGGAUGAGUGUUUGAAAGAAGCUGAGGAAAUUGAAGAAGAAUGUGAGGAGACAGAUCAGUGUAAACCCUUAUUGGCCACCUGCGUUAAUCGUAAAUGUUCCUGCAGCGAAGAACAACAUUUCCAAAAUGGACGUUGCGAAUCCAAAAAAGCACUUGGCGAAGCUUGUACCAGAGCUAGUGAAUGUUUUGCCGAAAAGGAACCGGAAAAUGUGGAAUGCCGUAACUCAGUGUGUCAAUGUAAAAUCGGCUAUCAGACUGAUGUUGAACAAAAGAUUUGUUAUCGCGUUGCGCCCAGUAAGAAAAAUUCUUCCGGAAGGCCAAGUGCUCUUAAAAUUAUCACUUUCUUGUUGAUUGGAUCAGCGUUUUUAAUAACCAGUGCCGCUAUUAAACAAGCCUAUUAUUAAGUUAUUAAUAUUUAAUAGUUAAACACAUAUUCUCAUCCUCUCUCUCGCUCUCGCCCUUGUUCUCUCUCCCUUUGACCUUCCGCCAAGGCAAUACCAAAUGAGAAACACACAAAAAAAUGAAAAUAGUCUUAAUUUUUAAGAAACAAUUUCCUUUAAAUGAAACACAAAUUUAAAUUCUCACCCCAAAAAGAAUCAUAUCAUCAUUGUUUAAACACACACACACACAUACACAUGAUCCUAUUACUUUCUAAGAAGAUUAAACGAAAAAAAAACACUCAAAAACAAAAACUACUUUUUAAAGUGCACUUUUUAAAACAAAUCCAAAAAUCAGCAUGUAUUAUAAUAUUUAAAA